AUGAGUAAUGGACCUGGACUCUUCGCCGACAUCGGCAAACUAGCGAGAGAUCUGUUGACGAGAGAGUACAGUAGCGAUCAGAAAUUCAGCAUUUCCACUAACAGUGUCUCCGGCUUGGUUCUUACUUCCACUGCUCUGAAGAAAGGGGUUGUACAUGGUGCUGAGGUUGCUACACAAUACAAGUACAGAAACGCUUUGUUCAAUGUCAAAAUCGACACUGAUUCGAAUGUCCUGACAAGCAUCACAUUCUCUGAGAUCCUCCCAUCGACAAAAGCCAUUGCCUCCUUCAAAGUUCCUGAUUACAACUCCAGCAAGCUUGAGGUUCAAUACUUCCAUGACCACGCAACAGUUACAGCCGCUGCAGAUUUGAAACUAAACCCUCUAAUCGACGUAACAGCAACUCUUGGAUCACCGACUAUCUCAUUUGGUGCUGAAGCUGGAUAUGACACCACAUCACGAACUUUCUCCAAGUACAACGUCGGAGUCAGUGUCACAAUGCCACAUAAAUGCGCCUCCAUAAUACUGGGAGAUAAAGGAGAUUCGAUCAAAGCUUCGUAUGUUCAACAGUCAACGAGAAGUGCAGCAGUGGGAGAGUUAUACAGGAAACUGUCGACGAACGAGAACAUAAUAACUGUUGGUGGAAUGUAUGCGGCUGAUCACUUGACGAACGUGAAAGCUAAGCUCAACAGUAACGGUAAGCUUGGAGCGCUGCUGCAUCACGAGGUCCUUCCCAAAUCCAUAGUCACAAUCUCUGGUGAGAUCGAUACCAAGACGUUAGACAAGUACCCAAGGUUUGGUCUCUCGCUUUCUCUUAAUCCUUGA